GUCGAUUAGGGACCCACAGUUACUGUUAGCGCUUCCUGCUCAUUCGCCGCUUCUAUAAGAUCACACGCAUUCGCACCACCCACGAUCGGAUCGGGCAAUGGAAGGCCAUCAUGUAUUACACUGUCUUGUGCGAUGGCAACUGGGCAGGUCAGGCAAAUAGGAGGUGCUGCUAAAGUAGGGUCAACGGCUUCCUAAGUAAAACUUUCUUUGGACGUUCAAAUGCCCAUUGAGCAUCGGCGCUCAAAACUCCGCACAUCGGACAAUGACUAAAUUCCAACACACAGCUCCAACACACUCGAUCAGAUUUCAAUCUUGGUCGGAAUUUGAAUAAUCUACUCUUAUCCAAACUCUUCGCGCAUUCUUUUCGGGAUAUCCACCAUGGCAUCACCACUAAAUUUAUUGUCCACCCACAUCGCUAAAGGUUAUCCCAUAAUCCUGGACGGUGCACUAGCAACUUAUCUGGAGACGUUGGGAGCAGAUAUAAGCGGCGCAUUAUGGUCCGCAUCGAUUCUCUUGGAUCAGCCGUCCCUAAUCAAACAAACGCAUCUCGAUUACUACCGUGCGGGCGCCAAUGUCGCGAUCACAGCAUCUUAUCAAGCGUCCGUUGCAGGAUUAGUCAAGCACUUAAGCCUGAGUGAAGAGGAGGCCAAGCAAGUUGUGGCAAAGAGCGUGGAAUUAGCUCAGCAAGCAAGAGAUGAAUACGUUACCGAAACAAGUGAAGGUGUUCGCGGUAGAUUAUUCAUAGCCGGCAGCGUAGGCCCAUACGGCGCUUUCCUUGCAGAUGGCUCAGAAUACCGGGGCGAUUAUUCUAUCCCCCAAGAAGAGAUGAAGGACUUCCACCGCGGACGAAUCCAGGCCCUUGUAUCUGCGGGCGUCGACAUUUUAGCCUGCGAGACCAUACCAUCCAAAGGCGAAACCGAAGCUCUCCUGAACCUCCUUACCACAGAGUUUCCAAAGACAGAAGCUUGGUUUGGCUUUACACUACGAGACAGCUCGCACAUCAGCGAUGGAACAUCUUUGUCGGAGAUCGCAGCGCUCUUUGAUGACGUGGAACAGGUGGUUGCGCUGGGCUUCAAUUGCGUACCGGAUGACUUGGCGUUGGCUGCUAUGAAGAACUUGAAGCCGUUGGUGAAGAGAGGGACAUUGCUUGUGUAUCCCAAUUCUGGUGAGCAGUGGAAUGCUCAGGCAAGGAAGUGGGGAGGUAAGAGAACAGAAGGGUCUACGUUGGCGGAGAAAACGAGGGAGUGGUCUGAGGCUGGGGCUGGUUUGAUUGGAGGUUGUUGCAGGACUACACCGGAAGACAUUGGAGUUAUGAAGAAGGCACUUGAGGGAGGCCGCUAGAUCAUCGAGGGACGAGAGGCUCAAGGAUCAUAGUCAAAAAGUUAUCGCUGUUGUAUUCAAGAUGCUCGAUUGAUGUGUAAAUGUAUCGUAGACUACUUCUUUCGUUACAUCCACUCACCGGGAAGUGACAAAACUCGCGCACUUGGCACAUAGUCAUCCAUCACACUGUAUGAUGGGGAGUCGGAGGGUGCUGUUGGACUCCUUGAGGUUGAGCUAUCCUCUGGCUCGGCUGUGUUGGUCGUUGUGACCGCCCUUUAGUUUCCAGGUACUCACUGCCCGUUCGGAUGAACGCUUUGGCAACACUCCCUGAGAUCCCUGAACGCACAUGGUCUGUUGUUCAGGACAUGAAUCAUCACCC